CCGAGCCGGCCGCGUCCGUCGCGCCUCUAUCAUCCGCGUGCAUCACCCUUAACACAUAUAAAACUAACUAAUGCAAUUUGUUUACAAUAUAACACGUGGUGUAAUGGCGGAUCUCGUCACGUGAUUCGAAAGAAAAGCCUUCACGUUACUACGAUACAGCGGACCGUGUACCGUGCAGUGAGUGUGGCGAUGGCGCGGUAGCCAGCAGGCUGGCGGGGUACGGACGGCACGCGGGGUACGCGGGCGGCGCGGGUACGUACCACGCGCGCACGCCCGCCGUACCACUGAACGCAAAUGGGGAACCAAUUAAACUCCCGGAGAAUCUUGAAAGUCUACCGCGCGCCGAGCACUUCGCGGCCCAACGACACCGAUGGAACACGAAUGAGGAAAUCGCGGCGAUACUCAUCAGUUUCGACAAACACAGCGAAUGGCAAUCCAAAGAAGUCAAAAUACGGCCAAAAAGCGGCUCGAUGCUGCUGUACAGCCGGAAGAAAGUGCGGUACCGACGCGAUGGCUACUGCUGGAAGAAGCGCAAGGACGGGAAAACCACCAGGGAGGAUCACAUGAAACUCAAGGUCCAAGGCACGGAGUGUAUCUACGGUUGUUACGUCCACUCAGCCAUUUUGCCGACUUUCCACCGCAGAUGCUAUUGGCUGUUACAGACUCCCGGCCGUAAGCACCCAGGAACGCAUUUCACGAACCCUGAUAUAGUGUUGGUUCAUUACCUGAACGUGCCCUAUCCUGAUGACAACAAGCUGGCCGCAGUCGCACCCAGUUUGGCGCUCUGGGCUGACAAGAAAGAGUGGACGAAAGAUGAACUGGUCAGCCAACUCAAGCCAAUGUUUUUCAGCGAAGACGAGCCAGAUAUCAACAGUGACUUGGAAAUCACGGGAAAGAUGUUCCAAACCGCUGAAACCGUUGAAGCUAUCGUCGGUCAGCUCAUGGAGAAGCAACGAGCAGCUAGAGCAGCAGCUUUAGCGAGACAACUGGAAUGCAGUUGCCCGGAUUCCACCUGCCAGGACUCCAGAAACUGCACUCAUCCGUUGCGACGCAUCCAAGCUGCUAAAGCGCCCGCUUCAGAUCACCAUGUAUCGUCGACAACCGGUCCUUCCCCACGUCCAAUGAGCCAGCCUCCUCGUCAAUAUACCAGAGAUCAUAGACCUAGUCCACAGCAAGCAUCGCCUUUGCUGCUAUCUCUUGGUCAAAUCCAGGGCGGUGGAGGCCUGCUCAUACUAAAUGGCACCAGCAACACAACGCAACAGCACUCGUCACUAGUUUCUCCUCUGUCUGUAACGUCAUUUGUUUGUGAAGAUACCAGAGAUAACAGAUACAGACAACAAUACAAACCGACAUUUGUACUGAAGAGAGAAAUACCGGACAGCCAGCCGACUUCUUGCAUUCAAACUACAGAAGCCUUUGAAGACAAGAAGCCGGAAAUGAGUUUCGAUAGGAAAAUAAAAGUGGAACCAAGAACAAGGAACCAGAUGGUGGCGAGCGCUCCGGCUACACCAUCUCGAUACCCUGAUUUGGUGGAGAGGUUGGAGAGUAAAGUGUUGACAGAAAACUGUGAUGAUACCCUAGUGCUAUUAGGAACUGACACCCAUCUCGGGUCUAAUGGGUUCUUUGAUGAGACAUUAGAAUUAUCUCACGAAGAUAUACAGAAGACUUUAUCAGCUAACAUGCCUACUUGUGAGCUAGAUCGAAAUGGAGUGCGAUCUACAGACACAGCGAAUGUUAUGGUGUCAGGAAUCGAUACAAUGGACUUUAUCGAGAGCUGUGAAGCGGUUGCAUCUCCUACACAAGUUGUUGACGAUAAUGUGUUUGUCAAUCUAGAUGCUUUUGAUAUGUUAGGAGAUUUUCCUGAAUUGGAAGUUUUGGAUCCGACAUCGAUAUCUACUAAUCCCGUGACAUUAUGCGGCAAGUCACCUAUAGCUGAUGACGGCAGUGAGAAGAUGCAGACAGAAACAAGCGAAGGAGCUCUUAAUAUAACGGACUAUUCACCAGAAUGGGCAUAUCCUGAAGGAGGAGCAAAAGUUCUUGUGGCAGGACCAUGGACGGAAUCCGCCGAUCAGUACACAGUGCUGUUCGACAAUUUUCCUGUACCAUCGGUGUUGGUACAGAAUGGCUUGCUGAGAUGUUACUGUCCAGCUCACGAAGCUGGGCUAGCGGCGUUGCAAGUGGCUCGCGGAGGACGCGUAGUAUCAGAUGCUGUCGUCUUUGAGUACAAAGCGGGUCCGACGCCGGCACCAUCGUCUCCCGCAUCAGCACCGCUACCGUCACUCGACUUUAGACGGUUCUCAUUGCUGCAACGCUUACAGCGGCUGCACGGUCGCCUGCAAAUAAAAAAUGAGCCCAUGGAUGAAAAUAAUCAGCUUGAAGACGUCCAAAUCUACUCAAACCCGAAAUUCGAAGAGCGCUUAGUUACAUUUUGUCAAUCAUUGAGCUCAAGGUCGUUUGGUAAUCCCGAAGGGUUUACCACAGAGCCUGGCGAGGAUGGUUCUACGAUCCUACACUUAGCCGCAGCUUUAGGAUAUUCGAGGUUGACGACGGUCUUGCUCCGUUGGAGGCAGGAUGACAGUAGCCUGGCGUUGGAGAAAGAAGUCAAUUUGGGGGCGAGAGACAGCGAUAACUGUACGCCUUUGAUGCUUGCUAGUGCUGCAGGUCACACAGAAACGGCCGUAGUGCUAGCACGAUGGAGUGCUGGAACCCAAACAGAAGCUGGUGCCAGACAGGCUUCUACAGCAGCGAGGCGUGCUGGCCACAUUAAGCUGGCCACUAUGUUGGAUAGGAUACAUCCACCGCCCAAAGACGGAGUGUUCGUAAGACCACAUGGAUUAUCCCAGAAAGGCCGCACGAGUAGCUUGGAGAGUAAUCUUGUUAAAAGACCUUCUAUAGAUAGCGGCAUUAAUAUGGCUGACGCAUUUAGGUCUAAUUCUGCUAGUGAAAAAUUCGAAGGAAGCUCAUCAACUAGGUGGGAAAGAAGCACGUCAUUGCCAUUAGAUUCAGAUAAUUCUGAGGAUAGUCUGGGUGACGCCAAGAUCGGUAGGAGAAUGGACUUAGCCCUCUGCGAGACGGCCCCGCGGCGAGCGCAGAGCCCGCUCAUAGACGUGGAGACGCUCUCCGACGCCGAGCCGACCAACGCCCCGCGCCCAGGGGAGCAGGACGACAGAGUGUUCACGCUUGCCGAACAAAUCAUAGCUGCUAUGCCAGACAGAAUCAAAAACGAAACCUCAUCCCUCCUAUCGGGGUGCGGCUUGGAGACUGGUAGCGGUGAAGACACACUUAUGGUUCCCUUACUCGAUGACGCUACCACUUUUAACACCGAAUUUAGUUUCGAAUUCUGCGAUAACACAUACAGUCCACUCCCAUAUAGGUACUGUGGAGGUUCGACCCCGUCAUCGGGGUCAGUGUCCCCGGGGUCCACGUUGUCUCCGCCGCCCCCCUCUCCGCACGCCGCACCCCCUCACUCGUCGGCGACACUACAGGAGUUCCUCAACACUACCACUCACUUCUCCAAUUUGACAUUGAACGAUCGGGAGCAGCGCGAGUUAUACACAGCGGCCAUCACGAUACAGAAGGCGUAUCGUCAGUACCGAGGCAGACAGUUGCAACGGAGGGCAGCAGCGGCGGCUAUCACUAUACAAAACUGCUUCAGAAGAUACAAGCAGUUUGCCUACUUGAAGCAAAUGCACGCUGCGGCUACCAUCAUUCAGCGAGGUUACCGCUCUAUGAGAGCCAGGAGAAUCUCUACCCCCACCGUCAAGAGAACAUAUUCGCAACGACGUCAAAAUCAAGCAGCUCGAAAGAUACAGCAAUUCAUGAGACAAUCCAAGAUAAAGUUACAGAACGCACGAGCCGAAAGCGGGAAGGUGGUCCGGCUGUCGCAGGAUGUCCGCCGAAACUCAUUGCAGCGCAUUACCAAUACACCAACCACGCCCAAUAGGAUUGUGGAUUACUUAGCACCGGAGUCUCCUAUGAACGCUGACGAAGAACUGUUGCUUGAACUUCUGUUCAGGAUGUGACCAGGAAAUUACAAUACCAACGUUAUUUUGACCUGGGAAUAAAUACCCUUUAUUUUAAUACUUCACCACAUUAGCCGUUUUCUCUUGUAGUCUACUCUUCUAGAUUAGACUAGUCCUUCGAUACUUUCAUUUUCACUAGUUUCUUAUUAAAACUUUUUUCUUAAUAGGAUUUAGAAUCACAAAAAUUCAAGCAUUGCAAAGUAAACGUUUUGAGCUCUUCAUCGACUGUUUUUCUGGUGACAGAUACACUUCCAAAACAGGUCCUUUAAUCUCGAGAGUUGUGAAAUAACUCAAGCCUUGUCUAUUUUUUAAAUUUUGAUCCUUCUUUUGGAAUAUCAAAUGUGUAGUUAAAAUUUUAAGCAUCCUUAAUAUUUUCCAUCUCGAAUGGAGUUGUUUAGAAAAUACCACUGUUUUAAUUUUAUUUUUAUUUAGCCUUUCCUUAGAGAUGACUUGUUCAGAGUUUUUCCCUUUUCAUUUCGAACUCUUCAGGUCAUAGACAGGGUUAUAUUUAGUAUAAAUUUUAAUGUAUUUAUAUUUUCAAAAUGUAUUUUUGAGAUAUUUGUUUUAGAACGUUUAUUGGAAUCGUAUUUUGUGGGUAAACGCAAAAUUUAAACUUGAAAUCGAUGACGAAUUGGCUGUGUUAUCUUGACUAUGUUAUCUGAAUUUAAUUUAAUUAAACGUAAAUCGAAUUUUGCUUACGCCAAUCGUCAAUAGCAUUCCAAUAAGCCCAUUUCAAUGGUUUUAUCUUUGGUUGGAGUUUUGAUGUUUUGCUUUGAUCUUUAGAUGGUCAAGUCGUGGAUAUUAGAUUCUAUGUUUACGGUGACGGAGUUUAGGUCUAUUCGUAGUUUUAAGUACAAAUUCAAAUUAUUAAAAAAAAAAAAAUCUAUUUCCACUGUUCUUGUAACGUAGAUGCACUUAGCGUAUUAUACAAUAAAUCCGAGCUGUGAGUAUUUUGAGAUUUUAUCGAGUUUAAGUAUAAAAAAGAAUAAUUAAUUAUGUCGUUAGUUUUAAAUGAAAGUGGACGAAAUAUUAACGUAUAGUUUCAGCCUAAUUAGUAUUUAUUUAUUUUUAGGUUUAUCGUUGAUUUGAUGCUUCAUUAUUAAAUCUUUGUAUUAUUAUAAUAGUUUUUGAGGAUGCUCGUGGCCCAGCCGAUUAUAAUGAAUGUAUUUCAACCCAAAGAGUCCUGGCGGGUUUUCGGUUGGGCGCGUACCGUAAUGUUUUCAGUGUCUCUGAAGGCAAAUGUACGUAAUGUGAAAUGUGUUCACGAGUGAUAAAUAAUUGGCAGCAUGUUAGCAAUGUUGUAAUUGCUAACGGCAUGAGUGAGGGUUAAGCUUAACCAAUCUACUCGUUUUUUCAUUUAAAAUAUUAGCUGUAAUACAAAAUCUUUUGUUAACUUGUUUUGGAUGAGAUUCAUCAUUAGCUAAUUUCUCAUUUUAAUUUACACCCAUCCCAGUUCCUACUUUGAAACGAGAUUAAUCCUCGAAUAACGUUUUUAUCAAUAAAAUUAGAUAGAUUUCGUUUUUCCAAAUCCUAAACGAAUGCUAAAUGCCGUAAUUAAAUAGCGUUUAAUGGAAAAAAAUAUGGUUGUGUGCCGUUUAUAAUAUAGACAAAAAAAAAAAACUAACUAACUAACUAAUAAUUAAUGUUUCCUCUUUCUGAAUUCUUAUAUUUUAAAAGAUCUUAUCAAGUUAGUUGAUAGGGUAAGUUAGUCAGUAGCUGUAGCUUAUUAUAAUAAGAAGUAAAGCGGCCGUCAAAAUAUUUUCGAUUCGUAUUUUUAUAAGGCAAAUGUUACGAAUGACUACGAUUGCUUCGCUUGCACAGGCCUCGGAUCUGCCUGCGAUGGAAAAUCACUCCUAAACUAUCAGAAAACUAUAUUCUAUAAUCGAAUGUAAUUGUUAACGUGUUUAGUUCAAAUUUUACGGAAUUAGUUUGAUGUUGUUUUGAUUUUAAAUUCCGCAUUCCCGAACGACAGGCCCAGUGUUGAAAUUUGCGAGGGAUUACCUCCAAUUUAUUCGAAGCAGAUCUAUGUCGGCAAUUGAGUGUUACCGCUCCGAAUGAAUUGUCGAUUAUCGUGUUGGUAAAAAUUGAGAUGACGUCACGUAUAUAGGAUUGAGAAUAACCGUCCAGUUGUGGCGGAUUGCACCCUCCGGUGGGGGUAUAGGCGUAUAUCCUAGCACCGCCUCAAGCGAACGCAGCCGCUGUGCAACCAGCAAAAUCGUUUCGCUUGGCGUUUGGAGCACCAGAGGGCGCACGAAUACAACAUGUAUAUUUCAUAUUUUUGGAUCGCUAAUUUUAAGAUGUUAUAUUUAUAUAUGUAGUGUUGGCGGAUACAAAAUAAUAAUGAUAAUAAUGUAAAAUGAUUUAAAAAAAAUAAUAUAAAGACAGUAUUUCGAAACGUAUUACGCCAAAUGUUUUGAUGUAUUGAUUUUCCGACGAAGUUUUAAGUCCGUUUUUAUUUUUCUUACUUCGGACGUUGUACAGAUUGUUUAGCUAGCUAGUGGUCAUGCGUAUAUUUUAAAAUAGCAUGCACUUUAGCUUGUUAAGCGCAGACGGAGACUAAAAAAAAAGUAGAAAAAAGAUAACAAAAAAAAAAAAAGUAAUAAUAUUUUUUAUCGUAACGCGAAACAUGUGAAAGCAAUAAUAUUUUUAUGGUGAACUCCAAUAUGUAAAGAUAUUAUGUAUUUUAAUAAUCCACGCGACGUCACGUACUUAGGAAGCUUGUUAGUUUCGCUGGGAAUUGUGAUGUUUUUAUGAAUAAAUACAUUUAAUUUACUCAUCUUUUUCAAAACACAAGAACCAUUAUGAUUAAGAAAUUAUUUCGCAGCUUAUCUGUUAUUAACAAAAAAAUUGAACUGGAUAGUAAAGUAUUGUAUAGUAUUAAGUGCAAUACGGUUUUGUUUUUAUUUACCUUGAUCACGUCUUGUGUUGUGAUUAGUAAAAAACACGCCAUUUUUGUUAUAUAGUAAUUUUAUGUGUUCUCGUCUUCUAAUUAUGUAUUCUAUUGAGUCUGUUCUAUGUAAAACGUUAAAAUAAUAUUAGAUUUGUUAUUUAUCACUUUUUGAUUUGAAAAUUUUAUAUAAUUAUGUAUUGAAAUUCAUUGAAGCUGAAAUGACAGGAGUUUUUUAGCGGAAACGCGAGUUGUCAAGUCGUGUGAAUUAAUAGCUUAUUAAUUUAAUGUUUCUUCAGGUACGUACUGGGACAUUAUUUCAUUCGAUCACUUCUCUUCUUGUUUCAUUCUAGUUCAUUUAAUUCCAAGUUACAUCCCAAUGGAUUACUAUUUCAAAUAAUUUUAUUUUAUUCCACUCCAUUUCUCAUAUAACAGAGAAUGUAUGGAUAAUUAAAAAUUGAAGAUUUUAUAACUUUACUUUGGCAAAAAUGAAUUGGAUAGACGAUAAUUUCCUUGAUAAAAAAACAACGAUCUUUUAAAGACAGAAGCAUAACUGUCCAUAAGCAGUAUUGAGAUGGAUAUACUUCUUAAGGUUUCACCAUAUUUUCUUACUUUCUUUACUUUUCUUUUUCUUUUACUUUUCUUACUUUCUUUUCUUUCUAUACCGUCUGUAGGCAUCGUAAACAAUUUCUCAUUUUUAUUCGCAUCGUUCAUAGGUGUGAAAGUACCUUCUUUGUUAUUUAAUGUUUCUUACUACCCACAUCUUUUUUUAUAAAAUUUGUUGAAUACGAUUGUAUUAAAUCUGUGGUUUAUCGAAAUUCGAAAAUUAUAAUGUAAAAAAAAAUCUCAUGAAAACAUCACAAAUCCAGCGUGGCUUAGUAACUGACCACAGCUGAAAUAUAAUGCACUAGAAGUAGGUAUUAGUUAGAUAAAGAUUACUAAUUAUAUAUUUAAACGAAAAUAAAAAGUUCUUGAAAAAAUCGAUACAUAGAAUUUAAAAAUUAAAAAAAGUUUGACUAAUGUACUUUUUAUUGUUAAAAAUAUAAGGCUUGUUCACACGUUUUUACUUUCAUUAAUCGAUAAGUAUUUCUUAAUGCUAAGAAGUUAUUGGAUUGGUAAAUAAAAGACGUUGAAGCGAAGCUAUCUUGUUCGAUCACAUCCGUUCGAUGAUCUCUGGUAGAGUAUAGCUGAGCAUUUACCAUAAUAAUGCUCAAUACUGGCUGUAGAUUAAUUCUGAAGAAUGAAUCCAGCUGGUCAUGCCUUUCGCUUUGCAGGGCACGAAAAUUGCUGUUCCAAUUUGAGAGAGAUUUUAACCUGUCUUAACUUUUUCGACCGUGUUCUAUGGGUUCCAGUAACUUUACGGCUGUGAUCUUCUCUGUUCAGGACCCUCCAUUUGUCUUUACUGUACGUUUUUUUGUAAUCAAAAUAUAUCGUUGCUUCAUUUAGAUGAUUAUUUGGAUAGAUAAUCCUAAUAGAAUUUACUUGGUUCUUUGCUUAGUGAUCGAACAAGCAACGCUUGAAUUUAGUGAGAAUUUUUAACUUUAUUUAAAUUUGCGUGGGGAGAUGUUUGUGAGCUGAUUAAUGAUAAUAUGCCAAAGGCGUUUUCUUUUUCGAAGCGUGAUAAAAUGAUUUUGUUAUUUAGUGCGUCGUAUUAUUUUUUAAGGACGGUUGUGGCUUGCCUUGAUUUUCAACAGCUGAUUUCAUGUUUACCCAUUUCUUAUAUUAGUCAAUCAAAAGUUCCUGGUUAAUAAUUAAAAGUUAAUUAAAAUUGUUACUGGUGGUAGGUGAGUCCGCACGGGUAGGUACUACCACCCCGCCUAUUUCUGCCGUGAAGCAGUAAUGCAUUUCGGUUUGAAGGGUGGGGUAGCCGUUGUAACUAUACAUAACUUAUAAGGUGGGUGGCGCCAUUUAAGUUCUAGAUGUCAAUGGGCUCCAGUAACCACUUAACACCAGCUGCGCUGUGAGCUCGAUCACCUAUCUAAGCAAUUAAAAAAAAUGCUUUGAGAUUUUAUUUUUUCUUCUAAUUUCACUGCAAUGCCAAACUAUUUUGAUCGUGCGUAUGAUUGGUGCCAAUGAGCCAUUUAUUUCUAUGACAUUUUUAAGCAGAGCUGUUCUGUCGGCUGUCGUCUAAGAAAUAGCGAAUUGAUAUUGUGGACAAGAUUCAUAUAUUGUUUUAAUUUUGAAUCGAUUUAAAAUAGAUAAAAGCUCCGGUAAACAUGAAAUCGGCUGGAUGAAUACAAAUUAUUGAUUUUAUUUGAUAAUUGAGAUUAGCCUGCCUAAACUGUAUUGCAUAUCAUAUAGUAUAAAUUAACGUGUUUUUUGUUUUAAUGAAAUCGCGAAUCAAAUUAUUUGUUUUAAUAAGUUGUUUUUAGCGAUUGCUAAAUACUUUGUUAAUAAAAACGAAUAUAUAAACCUAUUUUAUUGAAUAGAAGAUAAUCGAAAAGAAUCACUUUUAUUACUGUGACGUAUCACGGAAGUAUCAGGAACCCGAACUUACAGCUUGAUGUCAAGUGUUUACGGUUCAAAAUCGGUUAUCAAUGUUGUGAUGUUUAGAGGAAAAGCGUGGAGAUUGUAUAGAUAAGGAAGGGGGAAUGUAAAUAAAUGAAACGGAAGAGUUACGAGAAAGUUCUUUUCUUAAAAUAGGUUUAUUCCAAUUUCAAAUAGAAAAUUAGAACGUAAUAUUCUUUUCUUAUACUCUUAAUAGACGCAAUGUGUUUACGAUAUGUAACGAUUUUCUAAAAAUUGUUCCAAUCUUCAUGCUAGGUAGGAAUUAAAAUUAGCAUUAAAAUUUAUUUAAUAUAUUUUUUUGUACUUAAACCAUUAGUUUAAUGCUGUUAGCGAAUUUAAUGUUAUUUGCUUAAAAAUAGUUACUUGUUACGUUCCGAUACUUAUUAAACUUAUUUAUAACUUAUUAUUAAACUUAUGUUAUUAAGUUUUCGUUUUUUUUAGCAAUAAUAAGUUUAGUUUUAUUUAUUUUUUAAUAGAAAUCGUAAGUAAUGUUACUGCCAGUUUCAAGGUUUCUAAAAAAUAAAUUGAAAAAAAAAACACCAAAUUUGGAAGAAUGUGAGUUUGUGAUUGUGUCCAAUAGUGGCGAAAAAUGAACUAGAGUUAUCUUUACGCAGUUAAAGACUGUUUAUCUUGUCUUUAAAAUGGUCGAAGAAUCAAGAUUGCACGCGUGCUAUUUACUUAUCUUAAAUUUAUCAAAUAUCCAAAAUGGUGUUUCAUUUUAUUUCAAUAUUAAAUAACAGGCUCAUACGACUACGGUUCUAACAUUUCUGGCAAUGUGUUAGCCUUGUAUUGACAUUGUUAACAUCAUAAGCGAAUAUUGCAUUGAAGCAAACCUGUUUGUAUGUCAGAUUAAUGCGAAUAAAGCCGUUGUUACACUGGUUAAAAUUUCCCAAGCAUUGUUGAAAAAUGUAGAAAACAAAAGUCACGUAGAUAAUUCGUAGUUUUUUUUUCGUUUUUUUGACUAAUGCAAACCAGCCCCUUACGAAGCGACAUUUAAAUUCAAACUGAUAAAAUUCGCAUCAGUUUCCAGCAAGGUACAUACAAUGUAUUAGAAUUGAUGGUUAUGCUUCGAAAAUAAUAAUGUAAUUGUAUGCAUCUCCGAAACAAACACAGUCUAUACUAUUGAGUAUUAUUAGAAUAGUUAUUAUGCAAACACAGCUUAAAACAAUUAACGACACAAUUUUAGAAUGAAAACAGUUGCUUAAUACGCAACCCAAUUAAAUUGGUAUUGAAAUAUGUAAUAAAUAGCUCCAAGUCUCAAUCGUGUUCUAGUUUCAUAUUCAAGCUUUAUCGUCGAUUGAGACUUGUUACCAGAAGCGUAGGAAAGAAUAUAAUAUGUAUUGUAAAAAUUAAUUUUGCCACUCGUAAUGCGACUGCUAUGUCGGAUCUAGGAAUAUCAAUGAAAUUAAGAGUGCAGUUGAAAAAUCUUUUUGAUGUAAUAAAAUAAUAUGUCUUGCAAUGCAUGUUAACUGGUAUUUUUAUAUAGCUAUAAGGUUACUAACAAUGAGUAUAUUGUAAGAAACUUUAUAGCUAAUUCAAAAUUUAAAUAAAAUUUAAAAAUUCUUUUAGUAACUGUUUAAGUUAACAAUUUUCUUGACAAGACAAAGACAAUUGUGUAAGUCACAAAAUCACUAAAAAAACUGCAGCAUCUAUAAAACAGUGGCAUAUUAAUUUUAUCAUAAAAUGAUGAUAAAUAAUUUUAGGCGGAAUUUUGUUUCAAAUUAAAAACAGUUGGGCAUAAGAAUGAAUGGUGUGUUGUCAAAGUGUACUUUUUAACAAAAUAAAAUAAAAUCUUCCUUUGUAAUUACUAUAAUCUAUAAAACAAUACGAAAUUGUGAUUUAAUGCAAUUUAAAAUAUUACUGCUGAACAUA